UAUAUAUUGCACACGACGCUAAAGCGCAAAUACAUGACGAUAAAGAGCAAAUACACGACGUUAGCAACAACAAAAAGUCAAAAUGGCUGCUCGAGAGAGUCAUUCGAUUUCUGAGCGACAUCCAUCUGUGUACUGUGAUAAUGAAACUUGUAGUCCUCUUAUUGUACGUUGUGGUCGAAAUGACUGUGGCGCUGAAAAAUGCAAUGGAGAGAUGUAUCAUUGUCCUUUGUGUCCUCCUGAAAAAUUUUCAAAAGAAAUUCCAUCAAGAGUAAAAGAACACUUUAAAAGCGUCCACUGGGAAAACAGGAUUCAUGAAUUUGAAGGUUUUGACAUUCUGAGGUGUAAGCUGUCAUGUACUUUUGCAUCCAAACGACAUGGCUCAGAUGUCAAGCAUUUCAAAGAUGUUUCGCACUAUCACUGUUUUGGAUGUAAUUCUGGAUUCAAGCGUCGCAAUGAAGCAAUUCGACAUAUAAGAAGUGCACAUGAUUUACAGCUUUCUGUUGUAGAGUUUGGUUCGGGGAAACAACAAUGUUCUCAAAGUCAACUUUCUCCACAUAAAGUAGCCCAACAGCAAGUACCUCAAAACCUACCAUUUGAGCAGCAAAUGCAUCAAACUCAGUUCCCUCAAGUUCAGCAGCAUCAGCUGGAGCACCAAGUGACCACUCAGCAUCUCACACAGCUGCAAACACAGCAACAACAAGAGCAAUUUCUACAUAUGCUAUCUGAGGAAACACACCAACAAAGCAGCACAAACAUAGAAAUGUCUGAGGUUCAACAAUAUCAGGAGUUUUCUUACAUGCCUGCUCAGUCUCGUUCAAUGCGACAACAACCACCCAGAGUUAAAUGUCCUUUCCCGACUGUAAACGAAUUUCAUCCAAAUUCCCUUUCAAGCCACAUAAAGACCAAACAUGCUGCUGAUAAAAGAAAGAAAAUAUCUUCAAUGAGGUACUUGAAUGGAAUAUGUGUUGACUCGACAAAUGGGGUUUAUCUUGUGAGGAAACAACUUAGUGGAACAGAUCAUCCCAUUCAUUGUCAAUUUAAAACCACAAACUCUCCUUCUAUUGCAUGUAGUGUUGAUACAUGUCGUCAACUUAGCGAAACUGCUUCAAGAAGUGGUCAAGCAAAUUUUCUUUGUGAUCAUGUGCAGUCUACAUAUUUUAUUGGGACGUCAACUGUUGUUGAUCAUUUAAGAGAAGAUUCUCUUGAUUAUAUAGUGAACACUUUGAAAUGGUUGAAAUUUGAACGGAGAUGCCUGUCACACCUGAUUCCUCCAAUCGUUUCUUUCAUUUUUCUGUGUUUGCAAAUGUUAAACGGGAUCAUUACUGGUCAUUUUGCAAACGAGUAA